AUGACCAUCGAGGAUAUGGAUGAAAUUGCAUCAGUAGCAUCCUCAAACGUUGAUCGAUGGCACACGAACUCCGGGAAGCGUGUUCAUAGAGAAUUCGUGACGAAUUCGACCGUGGCGGGUGCUGCUGGACUGGCUGAGCUUGAAGCGGACCAUCCUUUCCAUACGCUUCAUCAGCUCGGUGAACAUUUGCUGCUGUACCUUGGUUUGGGCUUCAAAUACGGUACGCAGAGUUUCAGCAUCCAUUUUGGAGUCGCUGCUCAGUGCACGAGGCGUAACACGACAGCAGUAAAAGCAGAUCGACCAGGCUCACUGCCUGGGCUGAGAGGAUGUCUAUUCAGCAGUUCGACCAGCCAGAAAGAACGGGCUGUUUUGAGACUUGACCCGCAGUUCGACCUGGCUUGGAGCCGAGGUUGGAGUCGUUGUAGCAGAAGUCGUCUUUAG